AUGGGCAGCGACAGCAAGAGGUGCCCUGGCUGCGGCCUGCAUACGCACGCCCACUGCCGCCGGAAGAGGCGGGAGGCCUCGCCCGGCGCAGCAGGCGCCACAGGCGGCGCCGGCGCCGGCGCCGGGGACGGCUCGUGGGCGUGCGACGAGUGCAAGCGUCGGGAGGACGGCGUUGCUGUGGCCAGCGCUGAUGACCCAGUCUGGUUGCGGCUGAAGGCGGCCAGGCUGGACGGGGGCUUCAAGGUUUCGUCACCAUCCCCUCUGCAGCCGUAUUCGACAGCCGCCGCCGCUGCCGCCGUUCCCGCCGCUGCUCCCGCCGCCGCCGCCGCCGCUGCCUCCCGCGGGUCGUCGAGCUGUGUUGUCAUGCAAGCUUUUUCUUCGCUUGGCUCGGCGACGGCGCCGGCGCCGGCAGCGGCGGCGGCAGCGGCGGCAGCGUUUCGUCCGGCAUCACGUCCGCCUCAUUCUCCUGCUAUGCCUGAGGCGGCGGCUGGGGCGGCGGCCGCGCCUGCGGUCACCACGGCCGGAGAUGCAGCGCAAGACGGGGACGGUGAUCGGAAGGCCAACAGCGGGAACGAGGAUGACGAGGCUUUCUCCGCGCACUUCGCUCGGAGUAGCCGCAAGACCAACGGCGGCGGUGAGGGAACAGGCUCGAAAGGAGGCCACAGUCAGACAAAGGCAUCUUCAACACCUGCACCAACCCCAGUGAGACGAAGGCGAGGAGAUGCGGAGGCACGAACGGCGGUGGCAGCGUUGGCCAGAAUAAAAAAAAACAAAAGCGAAGAACAAGAAGAAGAAAAACUAUGCGAAACCCCCGAUGACGUCAUCGCCCUUGCGGGAGGCACCACCCGUGGCUCGAGGCAAGGCCCGCGCCAGGGCAGUGGCGGCGCUGGCGGGGGCGAUGAUGCCAAGGCGGAGCGGCUGGAAAACGGAGCGGGGCAGGCACCGGAUGCUUCGGCGCUCGUUAGCGGGGGGGGGGGGGCUCGUGAAGAUGAUGCAGGCGUUUCGGCCGAUGCGGACGACGAGAGAGAAGAAACCGAGGUGAUCGAAAGCAAAGUUACCGGCGUUACCGUGGAAGAUGGAGACCAGUGCGGUGGUGGCAGGGGCGGCGGUGACGACGGUAGUGGCGGCAGUGGAAAGGGCGGGCAGGCGGGGCUGAAGAAGCCACGCGGCUCCGAGGACGCGUACAUGUUGAUCUACGUCAAGCGAGGGGUUGCGUGGGGGCCCAGCAGUGCCGAACGAGACGCCGAGAAGCUGCCGGAGGAUGUGCUGGCGGCUGUGAAAGCAUCGAACGAGGCGUUGCUUGCGAACGUGGACAGAUACGACCGUGAGAAGCUUUUACUAGACAGGCACAUGCAAGACAGGCGGGAGCUCUACGCCAGAAUUUUCGGCCCGCCCCUCAAGCCCGCACCCCCCGCCGGACGCAAGGGCAAGGGGAAGGGACCCGCGCAGGCCAUAGUGAUCAACGAGGAAAACAACGGGGGGUUUGGAGAGGAGGAAGAGGAAGAGGACGAGGAGGAGGAGGAGGAAGAAGAGGAGGCGGAUAAGGCCGACGACGGCAAGGGCCAGGAAGAGCCGGGAAACGGGCCGGCAGCGAAGAGGGCGAGGCGACGCUCGAGGGCUGACUCGUGCACCGCGGACGAAGGAACCACCGGCGCCGCCGCCGGGGGGGGCGACGAGGAUGUAGGAGUUGUCCCGUACGUCCACCCCAGCCCCUCCGACGAGGAGCUCGAAGAAUCGGACGCCACGGCGGGAGGCGAUGACGACGAGGCGAGGCAAGCCGCCGCCGUCUCCGCCAUCGCCGCUGCGGCCGCCAAGGCGGACGAGUCAACCACCCAGGAGGAGCUCGACUACGCGCAGGCGGUGGCCGCGUCCUUGGCGCAAUCCCCGACCGCCGCUGCUGCCGCCGCCGACAGCGAAGAAGACGAGGGACAAGAGGAGCCGCCGGGGAAUAUCCCCGAGAGCAAGUUCUUCUGGGUGGAAACGGAGUGGCUGCGGCAGUGGAUUGUCGGGCAGCACGCCGAUCAGGAUGGCGAGUCUGCUGCUGCUGCUGCUGCGGCGGCGGCGGCGGCGUCCACGGCGAUAUCUCUUCCAUCGAAAGGUGGCUCCUCGGGCGGGGACCCCCUCGUGCUCGACGGUGUUGCAGCCUCUGAAGGGGGGGAGGCCCGCGGUGGCGGCGGCGACGGCGGCAGCGAGAUGAUGGAGGUGGAAGAGACCACCAAGGCGGCGGGGGAGGGCGAGGCCAGCGAUGGCGCCGGAGCCGCUGAUGCCGGUGAUGAACCAGAGGCACGUGAGUGUGAUGGCGCUGCAGUGGCGGCACACAGCAGCAGAGGAGACCCUGAAGAAGAGGCAACAGGGGGGCCUGUGCCGCGGGGGGAGGAGGAGGAGGAGGAGGGGGCACCGGAGCAGGAGGGUAACCCUGGCUCGGACGAAAAUUCCGGUUGUUUGGGUCAUGAUGCUGAUGGGGUGGAGGGCGACGUGGCGAGAACUACGUGUCCAGUUGCCACGUGCGACAACAACGGCAACUUGGAGGUAUAUUCACAAGGCGAAGAGGUUCUCCUGACGGAGGAGGUUGAGGAAGAAACGCCGUGCGUUUUCACGAAGCGCCUGAGCAACUUGCCGCUGCUGUGCCCCCACGGGGGACUCCACCCGGCGUCGGUGUCCAAGUUCAAGCUGGUCACCAGGGCUGCCUACGAGGGGAUCUUGUCGACGGUGUGCAUGCCUCUCCCGGACUACCACCUCUCCGCCUCGAACUACUACUGCUCGCUCUGUGUCAAGGACCACAUUGGGCAGAAGGAGAGCAACGUGAACGUGUCUCGCGAGAGCGGAGAGCUCUUGGCCGAGCUGGAAAAGCCGGAGCCUUCGUGGCCACCACCACAGCAGCAACAGCGCGAAGGAACGCGCACGGCAAGAGGCCGAGGGGGGGGGAGGGGGGAGGGGGCGUCACCCCAAGUCCCGUUUGCGAUAUCGCGCAAGUGGGUAGCGGACUUGAAAGUCUGCCACGAUCAGUUCCUCCGCAACGCCGGCAAGAGCCCGUCGAACUCGCAAGGCAGCGGUGGCAAGGGCAAGGUCAGAGGGGGCGGGAAGGGGCGGGGUCGGGGAGGGCAGGGUGGAGGUGCUGGCGGAGAACCGGUUGGUGCGAUGAGGCUGCCGGAUGGACGGGUGAACCAGAACAUCACCUGCGAGCACGGGAACCUUGUCGGCGGGCGCAAGUACCGCUGGAUCUCCCCACGGGGGUGGGAGAUGGUGAAGAGCCUCUUCCCGUUGGCGCAGGAGGUCGAGUAUCCGGCCGGGACUCAGCCGUGCAGCCAGUGCGAAGAGCAGGUGGUCGGUGCGACUACCAAAGAGCAGGAUAAGGAUGAGAUGAAGCUCAAGCGGGGCCUGAGGCAGGCCAAGAGCGCGGAGCUCGUGACCGGCAAGCGAACCGCAAAGCUCGCGGCAGGCCCGGAGGAGGUGGAACGCUACCUCGGUUCCUGUUGGUGUUUUGUGUCAGGUGGUGUGCAGCACUGUCCUGUGGUUGGUGGGGCCGGUCUUUGCGUGUGGCUUGCUUUGCAAGGGGAACAGCGGGGCGACGGUAGUAGGAAGGAGUGUCUUGUAUCCGGCCCCGCACGCUAACGGCUGGAAGCAUACUGGCUGUGAACCCCGGACGAAAAAAUUUGUGUGUGUGUGUGUGUUUUUAUUACUAGCAUCGACCGCGCUAACCGGCUGACCAAUGAAAAGACGUCAGUGUCAGCGGGUAAAAAUCAAGGUCCCUGGAAGGGGGCCAAAUUUGAAAAAUGCGCAAUGCGCUUGAUGCGAAUGCCAAUACGACGCUCUCUACAUAUUCUUUCACGUAGACACAUAUCUCAGCUACACACAUUCCCUCACCCGAACCUAGAAAGCCACUGAUACAACGAGCGGAGGACAACAAAAGGGUUAAUUCAAGCCCAGCCGAAGCCAGGAAUAUCGUGGUAUGCUGCAUCUCCCAGUUUGAUAAUGGUAUACUCCGAAGAUCCAACAGUCAUCGUGUCAGCAGCUAGAUGACUCAAACAAAAUAGCAACACAUA